AUGGCAGCGGACAAGCCAAUCCACUUUGCAGAGCAUGUCCAGCUGCAGGACCUGGGCAUUGCGCCUGAAAGUAUAUCGUUUGCAAAUGUGACGCUCGAGUCCGAGCUCUACGUUUGCGUGCGCGAGAGCACCGAGUCGGGCAACUCGGUCGCCAUCGUCGACCUCAACGAUAUCUCGCAUGUCGUGCGGCGGCCGAUGAGUGCCGACUCGGCGAUCAUGAACCCCGAGCAGAACAUCCUCGCGCUGAAGGCGCAGCGCCAGCUCCAGGUGUUCAACCUCGCGACGAAGACCAAGCUCCAAUCCCACGUAUCGCCCCAGGACGUGGUGUUCUGGCGCUGGAUCUCCGCCACGGAGCUCGGUAUCGUGACGCCGACGAGUGUGUACCACUGGAGCAUGGAGAAUGAUGCUCCGCCGCAAAAGGUGUUUGAUCGACACGCCAGCCUCGCCGACACACAGAUCAUCAACUACCGCGCCUCGGACGACGGCCAGUGGAUGGUCCUUGUCGGCAUUUCGAGCAACGAUGCGCCGAAUGCCUUCAGGAUCAAGGGCUCUAUGCAGCUCUACAGCAAAGAGCGCGGUGUCUCGCAGCCGAUCGAGGGUCACGCCGCGGCCUUUGUCGAGCUCAAGACGCAGGACGCGCCCUUGCCGUACAAGCUCUUUACGUUCGCUGUGCGCACGGCUACCGGCGCGAAGCUGCACAUUGUCGAGAUUGAUCACGCCGCGGAGAACCCUGUGUUCACGAAGAAGGCCGUCGACGUGUUCUUCCCAGCGGAGGCUGCAAACGACUUCCCCGUCGCGUUGCAGGCCAGUCGCAAGUACGGCAUUGUGUACUUGGUGACCAAGUACGGCUUCAUUCACUUGUACGACCUCGAGACGGGCGCCUGUAUCUAUAUGAACCGUGUCUCGGGCGAGACUGUGUUUGUGGCCGCGGAGCAGAAGAGCUCGCACGGUAUCAUUGCGGUCAACCGCCGCGGCCAGGUGCUGUCGGUGUCGGUUGACCCCCACACGAUUGUGCCGUACAUUUUGCAAACACUCAACAACACCGAUCUCGCCUUCAAGCUCGCCUCCCGUGGUAAUCUGCCCGGCGCCGACGACCUGUACCUUCAGCAGUUCCACUCGCUGUUCAGUGCGGGCCAGUACAGCGAGGCCAUCAAGGUGGCGGCGCACUCGCCGCGUGGCAUUCUGCGCACAGCCCAAACCAUCGAGCAGCUGAAGCAGGUGCCGGCGCAGCCGGGCACGCUCUCGCCGAUCCUGCAGUACUUUGGCGUGCUCCUGGAGAGCGGCUCGCUGAACCAGUACGAGUCGCUGGAGCUUGCGCGCCCGGUCUUGGCGCAGGGCCGCAAGCACCUCUUGGAGAAGUGGCUCAAGGAGGACAAGCUCGAGUGCAGUGAGGAGCUCGGUGAUCUCGUGCGCCAACAGGACAUGAGCCUGGCGCUGAGCGUGUAUCUGCGUGCUAGUGUGCCGAACAAGGUCGUCGCGUGCUUUGCCGAGACGGGCCAAUUCAACAAGAUUGUCCUGUACGCCAAGAAGGUCGGUUACACGCCCGACUACGCCACACUGCUCCGUCAUGUGGUGCGUGUGAACCCCGAGCAAGCGGCGGCGUUUGCGUCGAGCCUUGUUACUGAUGAGGACGGCCCGCUCGUGGAUGUCGAGCGUGUGGCCGACAUUUUCCUGAGCCAGAACAUGGUGCAGCAGGCCACGUCCUUCCUGCUGGAUGCGCUCAAGGACAACAAGCCGGAGCAGAGUGCUCUGCAGACGCGCCUGCUCGAGGUGAACCUACUCAACGCACCGCAAGUCGCCGAUGCCAUUCUGGGCAACCACAUGUUCACGCACUACGACCGCCCGCGCAUUGCGAACCUGUGUGAGAAGGCGGGUCUGAUGCAGCGUGCGCUGGAGCACUACGAGGACCUCGCGGACAUUAAGCGUGUGGUGGUGCACUCGAACCUCUUUGAGAAUGAUUGGCUCGUCAACUACUUUGGCACACUUACCGUGGAGCAGUCGCUCGAGUCGCUGUACGAGAUGCUGCGCGCCAACAUCCGCCAAAACCUGCAGGUGGUUGUGCAGAUCGCGACGAAGUACUCGGACCUGUUGGGCGCGUCCAAGCUCAUCGAGAUGUUCGAGAAGUUCCGCAGCUUCGAGGGUCUCUACUACUACUUGGGCUCGGUUGUGAACCUGAGCGAGGACCCCGAAGUGCACUUCAAGUACAUCCAAGCCGCGACGCGCACUGGCCAGAUUCGCGAGGUUGAGCGCGUGUGUCGCGAGUCGAAUGCGUACAACCCCGAGAAGGUGAAGAACUUCCUCAAGGAGGCUAAGCUGCCGGACCAGCUGCCACUCAUUAUUGUGUGCGACCGGUUCAACUACGUGCAUGACCUGGUGCUGUACCUGUAUCAGAACAUGCUGCUGAACUUUAUUGAGGUAUAUGUGCAGCAGGUGAACUCGACGCGGACGCCGCAGGUAAUCGGCGGACUGCUCGAUGUGGACUGCGACGAAGGUGUGAUCAAGAACCUGCUGGCCUCAGUGACGGGCCCGAUCCCUGUGGACGAGCUGGUCGACGAGGUCGAGAAGCGCAACCGCCUCAAGCUGAUCCUGCCGUGGCUUAAGACACAGAUUGAGUCGGGCAACGAGGACCAGGCGCUGUACAAUGCCAUGGCCAAGAUCAGCAUCGACAGCAACCAGAACCCCGAGGCCUUUUUGAAGGAGAACAACCUCUACGACCCCCUUGUCGUCGGUAAAUACUGCGAGAAGCGCGACCCGUACUUGGCGUACAUUGCGUACGCCAAGGGCUUCUGUGACGACGAGCUGCUGGCGAUCACGAACGACAACUCUAUGUACAAGCACCAGGCGCGCUACCUCGUGCUGCGCCGCAAUCCCGAGCUGUGGGCUAAAGUGCUGAACGAAGAGAGUGUGCACCGCCGUGCGCUCAUCGACCAGGUAACUGCGGUGGCGGUGCCCGAGUCGACGAACCCUGAGGACGUGUCUGCCACGGUCAAAGCGUUCAUGACGGCGGACCUGCCGCACGAGCUGAUCAAGCUGCUGGAGCCGAUUGUGCUGGAAGCAUCGGCCUUCAGCGACAACCGCAGCCUGAAGAACCUACUGAUGCUCACGGCGAUUCGCACGGAUAAGGCCAAGGUGAGCGGGUACAUUGAGCGUCUUGACGGCUACGACGUGGACGAGAUCGCCAAGAUCGCCAUCGACCAUGGUCUGUACGAGGAGGCGUUCCAGAUCUACAGCCGCGCUGGCCAGCAUGUGGAUGCUAUGGACACGCUCGUGAACCACAUUGUGUCGAUUGACCGUGCGCAGCUGUAUGCCAACAAGCUAAACCAGCCCGAGAUCUGGUCGCGCCUGGGUAAGGCCCAGCUCGAUGGCCUACGUGUGAAGGAUGCAAUCGACUCGUACGUCCGUGCCGAGGACCCGUCGAACUUUGAGGAGGUCAUCGAGAUCGCCGAGCGCUCAGGCCGUGAGGAGGAGCUGAUCCGCUUCUUGCAGAUGGCCCGCAAGCAGGCGCGCGAGCCGAUGAUCGACACCGAGUACGCAUACUGCCUCGCCAAGGCGCACCGUCUGGCCGACAUGGAGGAGUUCUUGUCGAUGACGAACGUUGCGGAUGUCCUAAGCGUCGGUGAGAAGUGCUUCAAGGACGAGCUGUACGAGGCGGCGCGUCUCUUGUUCAGCAGCGUAUCGAACUACGCGCGUCUGGCGACGACGCUCGUGUACCUGAAUGACUUCCCUGCCGCGAUUGAGGCGGCGCGCAAGGCAGGAAACACCUCGGUUUGGAAGCAGAUGCACGCUGCGUGUCUGAACAAGGGCGAGUUCAAGCUUGCGCAGAUUGCCGGUCUGGCGGUUGUGCCGCACGCCGAAGAUCUUCCGACGGUGAUCCGUGCGUACGAAGUCAAGGGCCACUUUGAUGAGCUGCUGCAGCUGCUUGAUGCUGCCCUGGGUCUGGAGCGUGCGCACAUGGGCGUCUUUACGCAAAUGGGCGUGGCACUGGCCAAGUACCGCCCAGAGCGCCUGAUGGAGCACCUAAAGCUGUACUGGUCGCGCAGCAACCUGCCGCAGCUGAUCAAAGUCACCGAGAGGGCUCAUCUGUGGCGUGAGCUUGUCUUCCUCUAUAUCAAGUACGACGAGUUUGACAAUGCCGCGUUGACGAUCAUGGAGCACUGCUCUGAGGCGUGGGAGCACGACCAGUUCAAAGCAGUACUGCCGCAGGUGGCGAACGUGGAGAUUUACUAUCGGGCGCUGACAUUCUACCUUGAGCAGCACCCUCUCCUGCUCAACGACCUGCUGACUGUGCUGGUGAAGCGGAUUGACCAUGGCCGUGUCGUGCGCAUGUUCAAGAAGCAUGACCACGACAAUGUGCCGCUUAUUCGCUCGUAUCUUAUGUCAGUGCAGCCGCAGAACGUGGAGGCUGUGAACGACGCGUACAACGAUCUGCUGAUCGAGGAGGAGGACUACGGCACGCUGCGUGUGUCGAUCGAUGCCUACGACAAUUUUGAUGCCCUGGAGCUUGCGCGUCGUCUUGAGCGCCACGAGCUUCUCGAGUUCCGUCGUCUUGCUGCGCAUCUGUACCGCAAGAACGGCAAGUAUGACGACAGCAUUUCGCUGUCCAAGGCAGAUGCGCUUUUCCGCGACGCGAUUGAGACGGCAGCGCACUCGGACGAGCCACAAGUUGCCGAGGAACUGCUGGGCUACUUUGUUGACACGGGCAACAAGGAGUGCUAUGCGGCUAUGCUCUAUGCUUGCUACGACCUGCUGGCUCCCGAUGUGGUCAUGGAAAUGUCGUGGCGCCACGCAUUGAAUGACUUUACGAUGCCGUACCAGAUUCAGCAGGCUCGCGAGUCGCGGAACAAACUGCGCCAACUUGAGAAGGAGGUUCGCGAGCUUGCAGCAAAAGACUCGGCCAAGGAGAAGGAGGACGAGGACGCGCCCAUCCUCGGCCCCGGUGCGUUUGCCAACAAGCUGCUUACGGCCGCUCCGACGGGUGGUAUGAUGAUGCAGCCGACGGGCAUGUUUUAG